AAAAGUGUUGUCAAUGUCAUAAACAAGCUGCGUGAAGCGUCAAGUCGAUAUUUUGGAUUUUUAUAAUUACUUCCAUUUAUAAGGUGUAAAUGUGUUAUUAAUUUAAUUUUAAAUAUCCGCAAAUAUUGCUCUCUUCAAUGGAGCCUCCUGGUACAGGACCUAACAAUGGAUCAUUGGCACCACCCGGCGUGCCAAAUUUUCCGCCAAUGCCCCCGCCGCCAGGAUCAGUAGGACAAGGCAACAUGCCUCCCCUACCGAUGGGCCCUCCAGGAGCUAUGCCACCUGUCACUUCAUCCAGUGGUUCGACAAAUAUUCCUCCGGGGAUGGGUCCUCCGCCAAGUAUGAUGGGUAUGGGUCCGCCAGGAAUGGGCCCUCCGCCGCCUGGUAUGGGACCUCCAGGUAUGGGUAUGGGGCCUCCUAUGGGUCCACCUGGAAUGGGACCUCCUAGAAUGCCUCCAAAUAUGAUGCGAGGAGGUAUGAACAUGAAAGGCAUGGGUAUGGAUAUGGGGCCACCAGGAAUGGGACCUCCUGGUAUGGGGCAUGGUCCCUGGGAUGAGCCAAUUCCACCUCCAGGUUGGGGAAGACAGAAUCGGUCUGAUGGGCCACCAGGUUGGGAUGAUGAACAGGAUGAGGGUGAUGAAGACGAUGCUGAAGAAGAAGAUGAUGAAUCCUUGAGUGAUCAAGGACUUUCACAACCUUUACCAUCAUUAUUGACAAUGAAAAUUGAUACUCCAGAAGAAUUUAGAACUAAGCCAAGUACUCCUAGUGGAGUAGUGUUGCCAAAAGCUUUAGAAGAAGCACUUGCUUAUAAAGAUCAGAGGCAAGCGGCCUUGGGUGAUGAAGGGAGUACUGAGACUGAAAUAGAUGACAUACCAGAAGCCCCUCCAGCACCGGUGAUCAGCACAGAAUAUGAUGUAGAGGAAGAUGAAGGGGAUUCGGAUGAUGACAAUGUUCCUGAGGCACCUUUACCACCUAUCAUUUCAAAGCAAGAGAAUCAACCUAACAAAUCCAGUAAGAAUAAACGCAAAAAGAAAAAGAAGAAAGCAGCCAGACAGAAGAGAAAUGAAACUAAGAAGAUUGAAGAAGAACAGAAGAAUGAAAAGCAGGAUAUCAAAAGUUCAAGCGAUAAGGAAAAUGAAAAGGCAGUUGAAAUUGAGUAUGUUCAAGAAAAUAUUCAGUUUCACGAACUGGAGCCAAUGUAUCGUCAAUUCCAUCGUAUUCUAGAAGCUUUCAAGAUAACAGAGAAGAAGGAGGAGAUCAAAGAAGAGUUUGACAAAGAGCCUAAAUCUAGUUCGAAGCCUCAGGAGAAGGUGCAAGAUCAGUUUGCAACUGAUGAGGAGGCUGUGGAGAAACACGCGGCAGAUGAAAAAGACCGCUUAUCUAAACGCAAGCUAAAGAAGCUGUCUCGGUUAUCAGUGGCUGAGCUAAAACAGCUGGUAUCUCGACCGGAUGUUGUUGAAAUGUAUGAUGUAACAGCGAGAGACCCCAAGCUGUUGGUGCAGCUUAAAGCACAUCGGAAUACUGUACAGGUGCCGAGACAUUGGUGCUAUAAACGCAAGUAUCUUCAAGGGAAAAGAGGUAUUGAAAAACCUCCUUUUGAUUUACCAGAUUUCAUUAAAAAGACUGGUAUUAUGGAAAUGCGAGCCUCUUUACAAGAUAAGGAGGAAACUAAAACGUUAAAGGCAAAAAUGCGUGAACGAACUCGACCUAAGCUCGGCAAGAUCGAUAUUGACUAUCAGAAAUUACAUGACGCUUUCUUCAAAUGGCAGACGAAGCCUAGAAUGACGAUCCAUGGAGAUCUUUACUACGAGGGUAAGGAGUUUGAAACGAGACUGCGCGAGAAGAAGCCCGGAGACUUAUCAGAGGAGCUGCGCACCGCGCUCGGCAUGCCAGUCGGACCUGGCUCACAGAAAGUGCCUCCGCCGUGGCUGAUCGCUCAGCAACGUUACGGCCCUCCCCCAUCGUAUCCCAACCUGAAGAUCCCAGGGCUGAACGCGCCCAUACCUGAGGGUUGCGCGUUCGGCUACCAUGCGGGCGGGUGGGGCAAGCCGCCUGUCGACGAAGCGGGAAAACCCUUAUACGGGGAUGUGUUCGGACAUCAAAGCAGCGGACAGGAUGACAAUGAGGACCACGACAUAGACCGCACAAUGUGGGGUGAACUGGAAUCUGAAUCCGAGGAGGAAUCUGAAGAUGAAGAGUCAGGUUCAGAGGAGGAGGGCGGGGCUGCUCCAAGCACGGGCACGGCGACUCCCGGCGAGGGCCUGGCCACGCCGCUCGGCAUCAGCUCCGUGCCGCCGGGAGUCGAGACACCAGACACCAUCGAGCUGCGCAAGAAGAAACUCGACAGCGAUAUCGAGGGCGGGGACACGCCGGCGCUGUACCAGGUGCUGCCGGAGCGGCGCGUGGGGCUGACGGCCGGCAUGAUGGCCUCCACACACGUCUACGACAUCAACGCCGCUAGCACAGGCAAGCGCGGCGCGAGUGGCGGGGGUGGGGGCGCGGGUGCAGCGGGCGGGGGCGGCGGGGGCUCGGCUGAGGGCGUGGUGGAGGUGGCGCUGGACCCCUCCGAGCUGGAGCUGGAGCCCGAGGCGGUGGCGGCGCGCUACGAGCGACAUCUGCGCGAGCAGCGACCCCGGCACAAGGAGGACCUCUCAGAUAUGCUCGCAGACCACGUCGCCAGGCAGAAGAACAAAAGGAAACGCCAACAGAAUACGGACUCAAAGCAGGCGAAAAAAUACAAGGAAUUCAAAUUUUAAAUAUUCUUAUAUAUUUAGUUACAAGAUUUAUUGUAAGGGUAAUUCAUUUACUAUUAGGAGUUAUUAAAUUUAACAUACAA